GGCGGGAGCACGUCAUGUGCGCGGCGGCAGCAGGGCAGCGGCAGUGGCAGUAGGUGUGGGCCGCCGCGGCCAUGCCCUACGUCCUCAUCAGCACGCAGAUCCGCAUGGAGGUUGGCCCCACGAUGGUGGGAGAUGAGCAUUCUGAUCUGGCUCUGAUGAACUAUCUGGGAGCCACUAAGAGGAACAUGCUGGGGAACCAUUUCUGGGAGUAUUAUGUAAAUGAUGCACCCCGGAUCGUGUUGGACAAGCUGGAGAACUAUGGCUAUCGAGUGGUCAGCAUGACUGGGGUGGGGCAGACACUGGUCUGGUGUCUGCAUAAAGAAGACAACAAAGUUCCAUCGGGGCAAGACAUCAAUGUUGAUCCCGUAAAAUUACAGCCUAGAAGUGAGCUUCCCCAGUGAGAAUCUCCUCUAUGUCCCAGUUUCCAGCCACGCUCAGGGGAAGUGCUGCAUAGUCAAAACUUCACAUAAUGGAAAACUGCCAUCAAUGCCAUUACAUGAGUCCCAAGGAGAGGUAGGUUUGCCCAUUCAGUUCUGAGGAUAAGUCAUACAUGGAGAAUGAAUGGCCCCAAACUGCAUCAGUCUCGGUGGUACUCUGGAACACGUUUACAGUGUUAAUCUUGUCCUAUGCAAGUGUUUGAGUGAGGUCAAGUCCUGACUUUGUCUCUGUGGAGCAUGGAGUACUAAGCUUCUUGCUUAGGAGACCACGCAUAGGGGUGGGCCAAGCAUGGGCCACUUGUUACACAGUCCCCGGAACAGUCAAAACAAGAGGCCAAACAAUACCCCUGUUGCUGCUGUUUGAGGAAAACCUCUCCUUGGGCAUGUCCCCCCCACUCCUAAGAUUAAGGUUAGGGAUGCACCGAUAAAGAUUUUCUCGGCUGAUACCGAUAGCCGAUGAUUAACUAACCGUAUCAGCUGAUGCUGAUCUGAUAAUCAAUCUUUAGUAACAGUGAAAGCCAUUUUAAACUACUGACAUAAAUGCAAAAACAAAAAAAAGGUUUAUUUAACACA